GGAGCCUUCUCCAUCCCCCACGUUACCAUGGCCACCCACUUCUCCAAGGAUCAGGAGGAGAGAGUGCGUAGGAAAUGGGUUACGUGGGAUAAUGCUGUGACACGUGUCUCUGCAAAGAGACCUUCCCGCCAUUGCAGCCCCAACAGCAGGGCACUGGCUGCGUCCUGCAGCUUUGGGGGGCAAAGUGGUUGCCAGUGCAGAUUUUUGUGUGCUUUUGUACUUCUGUCAGUGGUGCAGAUGCUGCACAACAGCACAGAGCUCACCCUGCUGCCCAAACACCCAGCAGUGACACGCUGGUGGUGCCGGGGGGUGUGCACUGAUCCAGCUGUGCCGUAUCACAUAAUUCUCCUUUUAAGCUUUGAUUUUGUAAGAUUAACUGCCAGGCUGGCACGUGAUACCCCUAAGUGAUCUUGUAGUAAAGAUAGUUAGUUACCUGUGUAGUGGUUUGUAAUUAUGUGUACAGGGUUUGUAAUUCUAUAUGUGGGGCCUGUCAUUCUGUACGUGGAGUUUGAAAUUCUCUGUGUGGGGUUUGUGAUCCGCGCCGGCUCAUCCGUUAGCGAAGCGCAUGUCGCAGCCUGUGCAGGCUGGGCACGUUCCCUGUGCCCAGGGCAUUCUGUGCCCACCUGUGCCCUCUCUGCUCUCUUUGCUGACCGUGCCCAGCUGCGGGAGGUGAAGGGGGACCUGUUCUCGUGCCCGCCGUCGGACGCGCUGGCGCACUGCAUCAGCGAGGACUGCCGCAUGGGCGCCGGCAUCGCCGUGCUCUUCAAGAAGAAGUUCGGGGGCGUCCAGGAGCUGCUGGACCAAAAGAAGAAGACGGGGGAGGUGGCUGUUCUGCAGAGAGACGACAGAUACAUUUAUUACCUGAUUACAAAGCAGAAGGUGUCUCACAAACCAACGUACGAGAGCAUGCGGAAGAGUUUGGAAGCCAUGAGAGCUCACUGCCUGCACAACGGGGUCACGGACAUCUCCAUGCCCAGGAUUGGAUGUGGACUUGAUGGCCUGCAGUGGGAUAAAGUUUCAGCGAUCCUUGGGGAAGUGUUUGAGAACACUGACAUCAAGAUCACAGUUUACAGCCUCUGAGCAGAAGAGUCAAAGAGCCCCUUUCCCCCCACUUUUGGGAGUGGAAGCUGUGAACUGCCAAGGGGGGCCUGCCUGGGGAGCACGUUCUGCAUCCGGGGUCACUCACUCGUGGGACAGUGACAGAGGCUUCCAGCAGCAGCAACGAGCUCCAGAGGAGUUAAUUUGGGUGUUAAUUAGAAGGCGGCAGCGGUGUUGUGGAAACCCUCGGGGUGUUCCCAGCCUGUUCCAGCAGCCACCAGGUGUCACUGGGCCUCCACGCAGCUCCUGCGGCUCCUGGGCAGCUGAACAGAGCUGCUGCUGCUGCUGCUGCUGCUGCUGCUGCUGCUGCUGCUGCUGCCGGGGGAGUUGUUUGGGUUUUGGUUUCUCGUUCAGGUCGGUGCUGAGGAGCUGCCCCAGGGAGCCCUGUCACUGCUGUUCAAGUUUUGCAAUGUCCUACCCAGCACUGUUCACUUCACCUGUUCUUACAGGUGUAACAGUUUAAUUUCUCCCUUCUAGCCACAAAUAGGGUUUGAUGGGUUUGUGUUCACUAAGGAUCAUGCUGUGAUGUUAAAUAAAUGAUGCCCUACUGUUGGAUCAGA